AUUGACUAACCAAGAUCCUUUUCUUGCUUUCUAGUCUAUACUACUUCUUGAGUUCUUUCUAGUUCCCGCUUUAAAAUCACAAGUGUUUUGCUUCUACAAAUAUUUCUCUCUUCGCUCCAAAUCUUCAGUUCUUCCCUAAUUUGUUUCUGGUGAUGGCGACGAACGAGGCUAAACCAGUUUCUGAAGAAGCUAAGAUGGAUCUGUUUGAAGACGAUGAUGAAUUUGAGGAGUUCGAAAUCGAUCUUGAGUGGGACAGCAAGGAAGAAGGCAAGGAGGUGACACAGCAGUGGGAAGACGAUUGGGAUGAUGAUGACGUCAACGAUGACUUCUCUCUGCAGCUAAGGAGGGAGCUUGAGAGUAAUGUUGCUGAAAAGAAAUGAAUCAGUUGCUGAUGGCUAUUGGUUACUUUCAAUCCAAUUAUCAUCUUUCUCGAAAUUCCAGUUGAGAUGCCUUUUAUCCCUGUCGUAGUUUUCCAAAUGUUUCAAAUUUUCUAUUACGGGCGAUGUGAAAUUCUAUUAAUGGAAAUGGAAAUUGAAGAAGGUAGUUGGUCAUGAUAAACUUUUAGUUGGUAUCUUAGGAGCAUCUAUGGAUUCUAUGGACCAUUAUGAUUAGUUGAACCUGUUUCCUUUGUACUGUAUAUUAUUCGACAGUGUUUGGUUAGGCUUUCAGCUUUUGCUUUUCAAUAUUCUACAUUGAUACUA